AUGUUUGUUCGGCCUUCUCCCAGAGGAGAUUUAACACAGCUGCAGCGGCGCUGCGGCGAUUUGUCUCUUUCCGUAGCAGCAAGCAUCAGGCAGCAACUCCUGCAGCAACUGCUGCAGCAGGUGCUGCACCAGCUGCUGCAGGAACAGAGACAGCCCCAGCAGCAGCAGGAGAUGGAGCAUCAGAUGGAAUCACCUUGCAAGCAGCAGACAUUCGUCAACGGUGACAGUCUCGUGCUGCAGCAGCAGCUGCAGCGUCUACUGCAGCAGCAGCUGCAGCAGACGGUCGACGUACCGCUGCAGGAGACCCGCAGCGACCUGUUGCUGGCGCUGCUGCAACGGCGCAAGUAUGCAGAGGCCCGGCAAUGGGCGAAACUGGCAGGAGCAGCAGAAGUUUCAGAGGUUGUGUGGAGGAGCGACUGGGUGUGUGGGCCCGCUGCUGCAGUGUGUUUGCUGCGCACAAGUACCCCCAAGUUCUCGCCGCAGUCUUCUUGCUGA